CUCCCCUCUCGCCUUCCUUCGCUCGGUUUCCUCAUGCUGCUGCUCGACGCCGCCUUCGACGUGCCCUUCGACGCCUUCUGGUUCGACCCCGAGCCGGACCCGUCGACCCCCGGCUCGACCGAGCUCUCCCCCGAUGAGCAGCGCCGGCUCCGUCGGAAGAUCUCCAACCGCGAGUCGGCCCGCCGGUGCCGGAACCGGAAGCAGCGCCACCUCGAAGAGCUCCGGACCGAGUCGGCCCGGCUCCGGUCACAGAACCGUGACCUGGCGAGCCGGGUUGGUGCUCUGGCUCACCGCUGCAUACUCGUCCACCGCGCCAACCACGGCCUCCGUGCCCAGUCCGUCGCCCUCAACCGGAGGCUCAUCAAGCUCCGCCGACUGGUACUCCUCCGUCGGGUGUUGACGAUGGCGGCGCCAGCCCCCGUUGCCUCUCAUGGCGGGUUUGGUGGUGUGGGAUACGAGCAGGCCUUGGCAUCACUGCUCACGUGAACUUGGUACUCGGAAAUUUCGAUACCGCGGGUCCCCCUUUCAAUUGUGGCGGACAUUGGCGUGUGUAGUUUUGGGUGGCCACGCUUUGGUGUCUAUUACGAACGAAUUUUGUUGACGCCUCCUUUCGGGUUUAACGCUUAAUCAUAUAAAUAAAUAAAUAAGCGAAAUCCGCCCGAUUUUUCAUAAAUCCG